ACCUCGUCCCCUUCUCGUCCUUCCUCCGUCGCCUAUAUUGACGAUCUCCGCCUGAACUUCGUCGUGUUCGUCGUGUUCGUCUUCCCCCACCUUCUCCCCCGCCCCCGUUGUCACUCGUAACGCCUCCGGAACUCACACAUUUCCUGACAGCGCGCUACAAUUAUCCUGGCCACAUCUUGGUUGCUACGACAAGGAUCGUCGGAGUCGCCACACCAACAAGCGGUUCAUGUUUGUAGGGCUGCAGUUUAUUUAUUUUUUGGUUUACGUCAGUGAAGAAACUGCUUGCGCGUUGUCGUUUUCGUCUCUAUAAAAGGGAGUCGGGUUUGCUGUUGGAAAAGAAAAAACGAAAGAAAAACAAACACAAAACUCACGGUCGCUAGCGUUGGUUGAGAGAUCAGCGUGUAGAGUCGUUGUAGUUUUUUUUUUUUUUUUUUUUUUUUUUUUUUUUUUUCGAGUUAGAUCGCAGGAAAUGUGGGUGGUGUAGUGGGUGUUGAAGUUUGUGGGAGUUUCGGUUGAGUGGCGGUGGUUUUCUUUUCUGGAGGGUAUUUGAGAGCUGUUGGUUUGGUACUUUGAGGAGGUUGGGAUCAUUUCGUGGUUUUGACUGAAAAUUAAGCGCUUUUGCAUUUGGAGUGGUGGAAAAUUGCUCCACCGGACCAGAGUUGUGGUCAGGAGUCACAUUGUGAAAUGGUAGUAUAUACCUCUUGUUUGUUUUGUUUUAUUAUUUUUUCUCCCACAGUGUUGUUGAUCGAUACUAUGUCCUGACGAUUGUCCAACGCCAGGUUAAGUAUCGUUUUGUGGUCAAGAACGAGUUGGUGUGAGUGGAGACGAUUUCGUAAUCCCGUCAUAGGGCAGUGAAGCGUUUUAUUUGGUAGGGUUUUUCUUUGUUGUAGCGAACACGCUCUGAAUGGACAAGAAAAAAGUGGUGGAAGGUGGCGGAUGAGGAGACUCUCUACUUAGGCCGUGGUUUCCUACUAUCGGCAAGGGGCUGUUCUUUUAUCCUCUGUUUAUAUUAUAUUACACUUUUUAUUUUACAAGUUUAGCCUCCGUGGUAUUUGCGGCGAUUGUUUGCUUCGCGAACUUUCGGUUUGUAGUGGCAGAAGAGAGUGCAACAAAUCGAGCACGUGAGUGAAAUACUGCUGAGAAAUGGCGAAGUCCAACAGAGUAUGCGAGUUGUGUGACGGCGUAGCGGAUUUAUAUUGUGCUGCUGACGAAGCUCACAUUUGCUGGACUUGCGAUGCUAAAGUUCACAGCGCCAACUUCUUAGUGGCCAGACACACUCGGUUGGUUCUGUGUGAAAUUUGUGGAAUACAAACUCCAUGGAAAGCCUCAGGGGGGAAUCCUACGCCACUCACAGGCCUUUGCGCAGAGUGUUCUCAGGGGGAAUCGCAGGAUGAAUGCACUACUCACAGCCAUGGAGGUGUAAUUGACACUUCGAGAGUCACUGUUAGAGCUCAUCCUAUUGCAGGCUGCGCAGACUCGGGUUAUGAAAGCGGGUGUUCAUCUAGCAAACCAGAGAGCUGUGAGAGUGCCGUGAUAGUGGAAAUGGAUUUGGUGCAGACUUCGCCCUGCGAAAGUAGUAUUUCUCAACUUAGCAGUGAAGACAUGGAAGGCAUUACUGUAGACAGCAGGGGUGCUCAAGGGAGUGUAUCCUUAGGUAUCCCAAAGUCGCUUAAGAGGAAGAGGUCGCUGGAUUGCUUCUUGCCUGUGUCUGUUCCACUAAGCAAGCAGAUUGUGGUGAGUACGCUGGAAGAUGAUAUGAGAAGCGUUGCGCAUGGACAGUGUGAGUGUGAUAGCACUGCCUCUUUUUCUUCAAGUACGCGAAGAGUUUCUCAUGCCAACCAGGAUCCCAGUUUUGAAGCAAGGGAUUGGAAUAGACCCCAAUCCCAAGAAGUUGAGUCUAGUAACAGAGAUCUCACCAAUCUCUUACUUUCAUCAGCCAAGCGACAGCGGGUGGACAGAACACAGAUAAGGGCAUCUUUCACCCGCACGCAACAGUCGGCAGUUUUCUCGACAUCCAGGGUGAUGAGAAUGUUGGCAAAAUGGCACUGGGAUUUGCAUCUAAGCAGCCCUGGAACUGUCCCUCUUGCGUUGCGCAUGUUUCGCAAGAUAUCCCGCGCAAUGGCUCCAACCGUCCUCUCAAACUCAGGCAUGCGUAUCACCCUGGCAGCUUGCCUCCAUUUAGCCUCGAGUUUAGAUGAAGCCCAAAUUACUGUCCCCAGAACAAGCGAAGUUGCAGGUUGCGCUGGAGUGUCUACGAGAAAAUUGGCUACAGCGGAAAUUCAUCUGCUGGCGCUUCUAGGAUGGAGAAGUUUUCCAGUACGGGCCGGCUCCCGUACGUAAAUUGCAGAGACGUUCGGAAUAUAAACUGCAUAGUCUUAUACACUUUUGAUUGGCAUCUUCAGUACAUGUCUGAAGCUGUAGCGUCUGUAAAGCCUUGGUUUGAAUUCCCUGUGAGGGCUGUAGUUUGAGUGCAAAGAUAGGGAUCUUGUCACCCCAGCUCCUGCAACCAUGAAAGUACAAGACGCAAGAUACAAACUUCUUGUCUUGCAGGAGGAUUUAACAUAGAAAUCGGUUGUCAGGUAACGGUACUCGUUAUCCAGGGAGGUUUGCCAUCGAAAGCUCUUCUAUAUCCUAGGGAUUCCCGGUUAAAUAUGCAGGUGUAGAAUAAAUCUGAAUUGUGCACUGCUCAUGGUUGAAGGUUCGUCGAUAUGAGAAUUGGUUCUGGUUUCAAACUGGGGGCGUUACCAGACAGGCAGGGUAGAUAUGGUACGUCCAUAAGAAGUUAGUGUACAUAAGUGGCAUAUAACAUCCGAAGGGUUCACUUUUUCAACAGUGUAACCGCCUUUUCUAGCAUAGGUGGAAUACUCGACAGUUUUCUUUAGCUCCUGGUGGUCGAUCUAACUUGCUUCAUGGCAUUCACUCAUUUCCAAA